UCCCCCACUUUUGGUCUUUCCCCCGCUUCCUUUCUUUCCCUCCCUAUAAUAUCAGAACAUCGGCAGCGCCUUCAAAACCCAAAAAAUUUCCCCAGUUUCCUCUCCACAUUUGUCACUCUACUUCUCUCUCCUCCAUUUUUCUCUCUCCCAAAACCCCCAAAUUUUGAAACCCAGAAACUUUCAAAAAAUUCAAACAACAAACCAAAAAUCCCUAACAAAAUCGAUCUUCAUCUUCCGAAACCUUAGGGUUUCGAAUUUCUCCCCAAUCUCAAACAUGCAUGUUGAUUAAUCUCUUGCGAAACGCUCAGCGUCCGAAUUCCCUUGAGCACAAGACGUGAAUUCGAACACUAAAAACUGCCGCAUUUUUUUUGAGUAUGCAUUCGAAGCGAUCGAACAAUGGAGAUGAAAAUGGAACUAUCGCUUCUAUUAGCAAGAACAAUAACAGCAAUGGACUGGAGGUACGAACCAGCUCUCGGGUUCGAAGGCCUACGGCAAGAGGAAGCUCAUUAUUUUAUACUUUAACGCCGUCGUAUAAGAGGAAGAAGAAGGUGAAAACGAGGACUGCUGCUGCUCACAUUGCUAAGAUGUUGAAGCCCGGAGGUCGCCGUCCCAUUCGCAACUCUGCAAAGUCUAUCUCUAAUAUGGAUGCAACCAACCUUCGGCGCUCUACCAGACAGAGGACAUCUAAAAAUUUGGGUGAUGAUUAUACAGACAGUACUGGUACAGAUGAAGAUGAAGAUUUAAUGGAACCUAGAAAACACCGUACAAGAAGCCGGAUUCAUAACAGGGCUGUUCAGGAUGAAUUAUCAACCCCUAAACGCAGAAAAUUCACUGGGAGUAAAUCCACUCCUCGACGAGAAGGGUUGCGUCCUCGCAAUUCCAGAUCAAAUGGGAGGUGUAUUUCAUUUGAUGAAGAAGAAGGUAGCUCAGAAGAGAAGGAUGAACAAGAUGGAAUAGAAAAUGGAAACGAUGGUGAAGAUAAUGAUGAUGAGGUUGAGGGUGAUGAUGAAGGUGAAGCUGAGGAGGGUGGGGAGGGCGAAGAGGAGGGUGAAAGAGAGGAAGAUGGCGAUGAUGAAGAGGGCGAGGAGGAGCAAGAUGGGCGGAGGCGUUAUGAUCUUCGGAACCGUGCAGAUGUCCGUAGGCUUUCUUUGGAGGAGGGUAAACGUAGACCAAGAUCCCCCCGUAGAGUGUUGCAUCAUGGGAUGGGAAACAAGGUCAAUAGGGUUGUGGGAAGAGGUGGCACUAGAGUCCAUAAACGUCACCGUUUUAGGAUUGAUGAUUCUGAUGACUCUCUUCUUGUGGAUGAGUUGGACCAAGGCCCAGCUAUUCCUUGGGCUCGGAGUGGAAGCAGAUCUGGUCCUCCUUGGCUCAUGGGAGGGCUAGAUAUGAAUGGGGCAACAGCCUGGGGAUUAAAUGUUGCUGCGUCUGGUUGGGGUCACCAGGCUGAUUCCUAUACUUCCUUGACAUCUGGUGUCCAAACUGCUGGGCCGAGUUCAAAGGGGGGAGCAGAUAUCCAACCUUUGCAAAUUGACGAUAGUGUGAGUUUUGAUGAUAUAGGCGGGCUUUCAGGAUACAUUGAUGCGUUGAAGGAAAUGGUCUUCUUUCCCUUGCUUUACCCAGAUUUCUUUGCAAGCUAUAGCAUUACCCCACCAAGAGGUGUCCUUUUGUGUGGACCCCCAGGAACUGGAAAAACUCUAAUUGCACGAGCGUUAGCUUCUGCUGCUUCAAAAGCUGGCCAGAAAGUCAGCUUUUACAUGCGCAAGGGAGCUGAUGUUCUCAGCAAAUGGGUUGGAGAGGCCGAACGACAGUUGAAACUUCUUUUUGAAGAAGCUCAAAAGAAUCAGCCUUCCAUCAUUUUCUUUGAUGAGAUAGACGGGCUUGCUCCAGUGAGGUCAAGCAAACAGGAGCAAAUCCACAAUUCUAUAGUUUCAACUUUGCUUGCUUUAAUGGAUGGCCUUGAUUCUCGUGGACAAGUUGUCUUGAUUGGGGCCACUAACAGAAUUGAUGCUAUCGACGGGGCCUUGCGUCGACCUGGUCGAUUUGAUCGGGAGUUUAACUUUCCCUUGCCUGGCUGUGAGGCCCGGGCUGAAAUUUUAGAUAUUCACACUCGCAAAUGGAUGCACCCACCAACCAGGGAACUGAGGACAGAACUUGCAGCUAGUUGUGUGGGUUAUUGUGGGGCUGAUUUAAAGGCCCUCUGCACUGAAGCAGCAAUUCGUGCAUUUCGUGAAAAAUAUCCACAGGUGUACACUAGUGAUGACAAAUUCCUGAUAGAUGUUGAUUCAGUCAGGGUAGAAAAAUAUCACUUUUAUGAUGCCAUGUCAACGAUUACUCCUGCUGCUCACAGAGGCUCCAUAGUGCAUUCGAGGCCGUUGUCAGCUGUUGUUGCUCCAUGCUUGCAAAGACACCUUCAAAAGGCCAUGGCACACAUAUCAGAUAUUUUCCCUGCUUCUUCUAUUUCAUCUGAAUUGACAAAACAAUCGAUGCUCUCGUAUGGUUCAGCUAUUCCACUGGUUUUUAGGCCUCGGUUUCUGCUAUGUGGCAACGAAGGGGUUGGGCUGGAUCAUCUAGGACCUGCUAUGUUACAUGAGCUAGAGAAAUUUCCUGUUCACUCCCUUGGGCUUCCAUCUCUGCUGUCAGACCCUAGUGCAAAGACACCUGAAGAGGCUUUGGUACAUAUACUUAGUGAAGCACGAAGGACAACACCAUCUAUUUUAUAUCUGCCUCACUAUGAUCUUUGGUGGGACAACGCACACGAUCAGCUUAGAGCGGUCCUUCUCACUCUAUUAGAAGAAUUGCCGUCUGAGUUACCAAUCUUGUUACUCGGAACAACCUCAGAUCUACCCCCUGAUGUGGACGGGCGGCAUCGGAUAUUUACUGAGCGUAGCAUCUACAAAGUGAAUGCACCAUCAAAUGAAGACCGGACUUUUUUCUUUGAUCAACUAAUUGAAGCUUCUUUGUCAGUACCAUCUGAAGCUACUUUAAGAAAACUUGAGACAUCAACAUCACUUGAAGAGCUCCCUAAAGCUCCUAAGGUUGACAGUGGCCCAAAGAUCUCUGAGUUGAAAGCAAAGGUGGAAGCAGAGCAGCAUGCACUUCGUAGACUGCGGAUGUGUCUUAGAGAUGUGUGCAAUAGGAUCUUAUAUGACAAACGUUUUAGUGCCUUCCAUUAUCCGGUUACAGAUGAAGAUGCUCCAAAUUAUCGCUCGAUAAUUCAAAAUCCUAUGGACAUUGCUACAUUGCUUCAGCAUGUAGAUUCUGGCCGAUACAUAAAAAGUUCUGCUUUCCUGCAGGAUGUUGAAUUGAUUUUAAGCAAUGCUAAGGCAUAUAACGGAGAUGACUAUAAUGGAGCUAGGAUUGUAAGCAGAGCACAUGAGCUUCAAGAUGCCGUGCAAGGAAUGCUCUCUCAGAUAGAUCCUGCACUUGUGGCAUUCUGCGAUAAGAUUGCUGCUCAAGGAGGCCCUAAUCAAAUGCCUGAUGGUUUCGGAGGCUCUGCUCUUCAGCAAACUCCUGUUGUUCAAACAUUAUCAGUGACUAGAGCGAGUGCCCGGCUCCGUCAUGUCCAGCCAGAGGUUAACUUAGAUCAAAGUUACGAAGCAUUAAAAAGACCAAAGAAGAAUGUAGACACUAUCUCCAUAGUUGCAGAUGAUGAAGACAAGUCCAGACUUCCAGAAUCACUGCCUUCACCAUCAACAACCGAAGAGGCUCAGGCUAAGGUUACUACCAAUGCUGGACCAGAGAGCUCGACUGCACAUUAUAGUGAAUGUGAGGUUCCGACAGAAUUAGACAAACUUAGAUGUGAAGAUGAUGUUAUCAUGGAAGACAGAGAUGCUGCUUGCCAAGUAGAAGUGAUCAAGCAACAGUUUUUGAAAAGAACUGAAGGAUAUGGUAUUCCACAACUUGAAAGGCUAUAUACCCGUAUUAUAAAGGGUGUUUUUGAGACAAAGACAGCAGCAGGUUCAGACAACCCUAAAUUAAAGGUUAUCCAUUUUUUGUCCAAGUACUCUCAGGAUGAGACCAACUUUUGAUCUCUGCUUUUCCCCCCUGGUUAUAUUGGUAGGUUAAUUUAAACUAGAUAUUGUACAAAGUCGGGAUCUUAAUUUUUCUCUGAAUGGAAAAUAGAGUUACACAGGUCAGUGCACAA